CCUUUACCGGUAUCGACAAUAUUUUUAGAAUACGACUGGGUUCCUUCACCCGAAUUUUUGUAAUGGAAUCAGUUUAUUAUUAAUAAAAAUGUCAAUAGACAGAAGAGGGCAACUUCGAGGUUCAUGUCAACUUUGUGACUGUGUCGAAUAUGAACUGCCAGUAGAAGGGCACAAUUGUUCAUAUUGCGGUGAUCAACCAGCAAGACAUCAACUUAUUGAACCAGAAAUUGAGACAGAAUCAAAUAAUAAUGCAGAGAAAUGUACAGAUUUAAAUGAGGUUCCUGCUUCUUCUAUAAAACCCAGAUGCAAGCCAUGGGAAAACACAGCUUUGGGCUGGAUAAAUUGCCCAACAAGGCCAUCAGGAAUUUAUUAUAAUUCGAUUCUUCCUGAAUUCUAUCAGAGCUUUUGGCCAUUUUAUCCAGACCCAAAGCAAUUCAAGAAGGCAUUUAUAAUGGAAAGAAGCCGUCAGUUGAACAUAAAUGACAAAAUUGCAUCUAUCAGUAAAAAAAUCAAGUAUAUUAUUAGUGAAAAUCCUGCCUGUGUUGGCAAAUUUAUGAUAUUAGGUGAUCAUUACACAUCAAAACCUGGAGAUAUAUCUAUCAUUAAAAACAACAGGGAUACCACUGAGAAUCUUAAAGUGCUUGUCGAGAUGAUUGAAUCAGAAGUCACAAACCAUGAUUCAAGUCUUUUCAUAAAUAGUGGCAGAAAAUUGAAAUCAGGUAGAGAUUGCCACCAUACCUUUAACAACUACAUAAAGAAGGAACUAGUAACUUUAAAGACACAAUUAAUGGAUUUAAACAAUAGUUUAGACAAAUAUGAAAAGAAAUAUCUAGCAAUUUGGGUGCAUAAAAAUAAGCCAUCAAGGAUCUCUGAUGCGAAAAGAAAAACAAAUAACAAAUUCAAAUCAGAAAAAAAGAGAAAGCAACAUAUGCUAAAUAAAGUUUUAAAUGUAUUCAUAUCACUUGGAGGGGAUGCAGAUGGGGAUUAUUAUAGUCCAACAUAUGGCAUUCCUCAAAUUACCAGCUUGGAAAUACCACUAGAAGAUUUAACACAUAGAUAUUUGACAGAUUGUUUAGAAUUAUUGGUCAAGGAUGGUUGCUUUGCCGAAUCAGCUUUAGAAGAUGUACAGUUGUUCUUGGCAAAGCAAAAAAGGGAAAAUUUUAACAGCACUAUGGCAUAA